AGGAGGAAAUAAACGCCACCCUUUAUCAAAAUGGAUUGGUGAGGUAAGGCUCGGUUGAAGAAGAGAACAAUCACGUGAACAAAUAUGCUUGUAUCUUAAGGCAGCGCCUUUAUUUGUCACCACAAAGCGUCCAGAAACUCCAAAAAAUCCUAAUGUUAUAGCUCCAAAUCCGCACAGGCCUAUAUCCGCUUCUGAAUUCCUGUAUAUUUCAAUGUGUGAUUGAUUGCCAGGGAUUUUUUUUUCUGGAAUAAGGAUACCUUGUUCGCUUUUUUAUUGGUAGCUGAAUGCGAGUCCUUCCAUUCUUUCGGGAAUACUGUCUCCACUGGUAUAUGGAAAUGUCUGAAAAACAGCAAGAUCAGGUUUAGGACAGCAUUGUCUACAGACAAAGGCUGAAGGAUUUAUUCUAGAGACUGCGUUGGAAAGGAGCUGAGGCUGAAGAAGGGAAGCUGCUUUAUGAUGAAUUGAUUCACAGGUCGAGGUGAGAGCAGUGAUGAAUGCGUGAGGGAAAUAAAAGAGAUCUGCGCAGAUUUCGGUCACAGACUGGAGCGACGGUGGGAAACAUCAAUCACGUGAAUAAACAACACCCAUGCCAUUGGAUAGAGCUGCUCUGGCUUAUUGGCUUUGAAUCCACAAAAUGCAGAAAGCAACAUACUACGACAACUCCGGACUUUUUGGAAGCUACAGCUACCCCAAACCAGACUCUUACAACUACGGCCCCGCACAUCAGUCCUACCCCACUCCCACCAUUGAGAAUGAAUACCAGGGCUCAGUGUGUCCCAUCCAGACCUCUGCUGUUCGCCCACCGACUCUCAAAGACAGUGACCUGAACGGAGACUGCAUGCGGCAAAGUGGCAGUCAGAGCAACGGCAGCAGCCAAGCCACGAGCAUUGGGGAACAGCAGGCACCUCCACUGUCCGCAUCCUCCCCAAGCUCCAACAACACCCCUGCAUCCCAGAAGAAGAAAUCCCCGUCCAGCAGCGCCUCCGGCACCGCCACGCCAGCCCUCACCAAGCAGAUCUUCCCCUGGAUGAAGGAGACCCGGCAGAACGCCAAGCAGAAGGGCAACAACUGCACCACUGCAGGUGGGGAGGUGAGUGAUGAGAAGAGCCCACCGGGACCAGCCUCCAAACGGGUCAGAACUGCUUACACCAGCGCACAACUUGUGGAGCUGGAGAAGGAGUUUCACUUUAACCGCUAUCUCUGUCGCCCCCGGAGAGUGGAGAUGGCGAAUCUGUUGAAUCUCACCGAGCGCCAAAUAAAGAUCUGGUUUCAAAACAGGAGGAUGAAAUACAAAAAGGACCAGAAGUCUAAAGGGCUCGCGCACUCUCCCCUGGGACACUCCCCGGAUAGAAGCCCGCCGCUGAGUGGCCCAAAUCACAUUGGAUACUCUGGCCAGCUCCAAAACGUGAACAGCCUCAGCUAUGACGCGCCCUCGCCCCCAUCCUUCGCCAAACCCCAGCAAAACAUGUACGGUUUGGCCGCGUACACGGCACCCUUGGGUGGCUGUAUCCCGCAACAGAAGAGGUACCCGGGCUCCGAGUACGAACACCACAGCAUGCAGAGCAACGGCAGCUUUGCCAACGCCAAUUUGCAAGGCAGCCCCGUUUAUGUGGGUGGGAAUUUUGUUGAUUCCAUGCCAGCCUCGGGCCCCAUGUUCAACCUCGGCCAUCUUCCCCACCCCUCAUCCACCAGUGUGGACUACAGCUGUGCCGCUCAGAUCCCAGGAAACCACCAUCAUGGACCCUGUGAUCCCCAUCCCACAUACACAGACCUCACCUCUCACCAAGCGUCUCAGGGAAGGAUUCAGGAAGCGCCUAAACUCACACAUUUGUAAUAUGUGGUUUCUUUGUGUGUGUGUGUGUGUGUGUGUGUGUGCGUGUGUGUGUGUGUAUGUGUGUGUGUGUGUGAGAGAUAGAGAGAGAGAGAGUGUGUGUGUGUGUGUGCGUGCGUGCGUGCGUAGGUUAUGUAUGUGUGUGUGUGUGUGUGUGUGUGUGUGUGCCAAAAUUACGUUGCGCUCUUUUUAUUACCUCACUAGUCUAAUAACUACACUCCAAGCGAGUCGUGUGUAUUAUUACAGUAUUAUUGAUAUUACUAUUAACGCUAUUGUGUAAUUAUUUUCUAAAUAAUACAGCUUUGUCCAUUUCUCUUGAAUGUUUGGGGAUGCGCAGAGGCAAACUAGCCUGGUGGUCAGUUGUUGCUUUUUCCUUUUUCGAUUUUCUCAAGUGCAAUGCGCAAUGUUUUGACUGAAUAUUUCAUGCCGUUACUUGAAGGUAAGUCUUGUAGAUCACGAAAAGUAGAAGCUCAUCUUUAGAGAGAAAGACUUUUUAGGGAAAUUUUCGUCUGUUUGUCAGGAUCUCAUUUUCCUCACGGGCAUCCUAUUUAUUUAUUUUUUUUAAUUAUUAUUAUUAUGCUGCAUAAUCUUUCGUACUAGCAUAUAGCCUAUUUAUUAUUUAAUUACUUUUGUAUUGCACAUUAUUUAUCGUUUAUAUGCGAGUAUUUAUAAGUGUGGGAAUUUUUUGUAAGAUUGGACAGAUCAGUGCACUUGGAAGUGUUGGUAAAACAGGGUUUGGAAAAUGCUAUGACUCGCAGUGUAUUGUUGAAAAAGAGCAUUUCUAAUUGUAAAUCUGGGAUAAAUGGGGCAUUUUAUAGUGUAUAAACACCACUAUAUGUCCAUGGUUAAUCUUGUGUCAAACCUUAAGCAAAACGUAGACUAUCGACGUAUCAAAUAUUAUACACACCAGCAUGUCAUUUUGUGUAGUCCAUUGCUAUUUUUUAUUUGUCUUCCAUUGUUAUUCCAUUCAGUUGGAUAUCCAUAAAUUUAUGAAACCCUAAUGAUAUUGAAAUGUUAUAUUUUAUUGUGUUUAACAUUUUGUAAAUAAAGUGCUCAAACUUGUCUUUUUUC